AUGUAAUUAAAGUUAAAGUUUACCGUAUGAUUGACUUUAUUUAAUUUUUACGUGAAGUAAAUCUGUAAGCAAUGGUGGCAGUAUUCUUUUGGGAGUGUGAUUAAAAUAUGUAAAUUAUAGUUUAGUAAAAUUAAAGUCGCAAAUUUUGUUCUCACCUUUUUACAAUGGUGUCCACCGGCUUAUUGAUCCCUCUCGUCGUUGUAGCCUGUUUUUCUGUGAUUCUUGCCUCAAAUCCCGAGACAACAAAACAUCAAGAAAAGAAAUCUAAGUCUGUAACUUCGUUUGUUAGUGCUAAAUGGGAGACCACUCCGAUCGUAUUAGAAUUAGCAGAAUAUCUGUCCGGCGAGAGUACAGACUUAUUUUGGUCAUUUGUAGAUCAGAUAAAUACAUUGAAAUCUAGUCUUGACAGUUUGGAGACUGACAAAGAAGUAUAUGAUGCUUGUAUUGGAGUUGCAAGCACAUUAAUGGUACCAGCACAAUUACGUAUGGCAAAACUUGCAUUGUCUAUGCAUACAACGUCCCCAACCGUUCGUAUGUUUGAUCAGAUCUCAUCACAGAAUGGGGCAAAAGAAGUACAGUGUGAUACAUUUGUCUUUAUAGCUUCAAGGAGAGUCUGUGAUAAUGAUGCACUCAGAGAUAUUCUCAAAUCAUAUGAUAAAUACGAUCCUGAAGAGCAUAGAUUAGAAACCUAUCUUCUGGAUCACACUUAUCCAAGUAGUGACAAUAAGAGCUUAACAGCCAUCUUGUAUGGUGAGCUUGGUAUGGCAGAUUUUGCUACAAAACAUAAAAUACUGUCAGGUUAUGCUGACAAAGGUGCCAUCAAUUAUGUAGUGAGAUGGAAUGUUAAGCCUCGAGGUCGCCCUAAGCUACGGUUGUCUGGCUAUGGAGUAGAACUUCAGUUAAAAAGCACUGAGUAUAAAAGUCAGGAUGACUCCACACCGAAAGAGGCCGAAGGUGAGGAGCAGACUGUAUCUGAAGAAGAAGAUGAAAAUGACCCACAGAACCAAAUAGAUGGUUUUAAUUUUGGAAGAUUAAAAAAUCUGUUUCCCGCAUUACGAACGCCGCUGGAGCGAUUCCGUCGUCAUUUGUCGGAAUCUAGUGAAGAGUUAGCACCACUGAAGGUGUGGCAGAUGCAAGCUCUCAGCAUGCAGGCCGCUGCUGCUGUAGUGGACGCCAAUGACGCUGGAGGCGACGAAUCACUCAAAGUGCUUACUUCCAUCGCACAGAACUUUCCUAUGCAAACCAAGUCGUUGAUUCACGUAAAUGUGCCGCGUUCGUUCCGCGACGAGGUGUUAUACAAUCAGGACGUGUGGGCGUCCUCGCUUGCUUUACGUCCUGCGGAACCAUUGCUACUUGUCUCUGGAGCUCAAUACGAUGCCGAAGACGUCGAUGUAUUGGCUUUGCUCGCAGCAAUCAGAGAAGACAUAGGACCUAUGAACACUCUUCAUGCAUUAGCGGAUGAAGUACCUACGUACUACAUUCAAUAUGCACCGAUUCUUAGGUUCAAAUAUCAAGGGUCCCUUACUUGCAGAGUCUUUUACCAGAUAAGUCGACCUCGCUUACACCCUGACUUACGUCUUGAAAAGGACGGGCGCAGGGGAAUAUUGAAAUAUUAUGUAAAUCAUGCAGGUUUAUCAAAGAAACUAAUCAGCAAUCUGAUGUCCCUUGAGCUCGGUGAGUCGUAUACUUGGGAAGAGUACGGUCUAGACGUGCGAGACACGGCGAUCACUUGGCUCAAUGACUUGGAGACGGAUGAGAGAUACCGUCGGUGGCCAUCAUCAUACAUGGAGCUUUUGAGGCCUACCUACCCGGGCAUGUUGAGAAAUCUCAGAAGGAAUAUAUACAACUAUGUAAUCGUAGUGGACCCAACAUCUCUGGCUUCUGGACCGCCUCUCAAGUUAGGUGAGACACUAUUGAAACACGCUACACCCGUCCGUGUUGGGUUAGUACUGGCGCCGGGCAGUGGUAAUGCUAGAUUGGAAGCCGCUGUCCGCUCGGCAUUCAACUAUGUGGCUCAAGAGAAGAACUCUAACAAGGAGGCAUACUACUUUUUGACACAAUUACUACACCCAUCACAAGAAGACAAGUUAACACUCGACCUUGUGAAGAAACAACUGAAGAAGUACGCCGACUCUAAUGACAAUCUAGAUGACGUUAUAUCAGAAGACUCCGAAUACAAUUUUGGUUCGCAACUAGCCGAAGAGUUUGUUUCCAAAAUUGGAACAAACAAGUAUCCACAGGUGUUGAUAAAUGGCGUGCCGCUGACUGAAGAGGGUCCAACGCCAGUGAUGUCAUCGGUAGAAUUAUUGGAGGAGUCCUUGGUGAGCGCGAUGGCUCGUAAUACAGCACGCCUGCAGAGAGCCGUGUUCAGAGGGGAACUUGCCGAUACUGACGAUGCGCUAGAUUAUCUCAUGAAACAGUCUCAUAUCAUGCCCAGACUUAAUCGCCGUGUGCUUGGAUCAGAACCAUCGCAGUAUUUAGACUUAUCUGGUGUUCCAUCAUCGAGUGAAUUAUUUACUGAAGACAAAAUACAUCGUCUGAUGCAUUUAAGUGGUCGCGACGCUUUAGCUACAGCUCUACCUCUACUGAGGUAUUUCACGAAACCGGGCAAACCGGAUAAAAUCACACAAACUAUAUGGAUAGCCGGUGAUUUGAACAAGAAAGAAUCUAGAGAUUUGCUAAAGAACGCUUUGACAUUCAUGAGGGAAUCGGGUGGCGUCAGAGUGGCUUUCUUACCGAACGUGGAGGGAUUCUCGACAGUCGAUCAGUCUUUGAACAAAGUCGUGAUAGCAGCUCUGACUGUUUUAGAACCGGCAAAGGCUACGAAAUAUGUCGCUCAAUUGUUAGAGAACGAGGGAUGUCACGAGAGGCAGGAUUGUGAUAUAUUGCCUGAGUUAUUGCCUGCACUGAAUAAAUACGAGUGGGUGUUGAAAGCUUCGCGAGUACUAUGUGCGCGCAGCUUCAAGUUGCGGCCUAGUUCACGCGCAGUAGUACAUAACGCUAGGAUUAUAGGUCCACUUUAUGAUACAGAGAAGUUCACAGUCGAAGACUUUAUGCUGCUCGAGAGAUUCACUAACCAAGUAUACGGCGAUAAACUGUCUGAAGUUUUCGGAAAGAAAAAGACAUCAACAAACGAUGUUCACGACGACGACGAUGACGUCACAACAGAGUUAUCUUGCGAUGAGCGUUUGAAAGUGAUAACGGUGUUAGCGUCCCGUAGUUCACGCGUCCGUACACCGUUGCCAACUGGACUACGCACGGAACAUUCCCUAGUCGACCUCCCACCUUUGAUGCAGAACGAACCAUCCAUAGAGAUAGUGGCGGUUCUAGAUCCAGCUUCGAACGCCGCACAAAGACUUGCGCCUCUAUUACUGGUAUUAAGGAAAGUGGUCAACUGUCGCGUGAAAUUGUUCCUCAACCCUCAAGACAAGAACUCCGAUAUGCCUCUGAAGAGUUUCUAUCGUUAUGUUUUGGAGCCAGAGUUGCAGUUCACCUCGUCUGGUGCUUUGACUGGUGGUGCUAUGGCGCGGUUCUCGCGUUUGCCGCAUGCUCCACUCUUGUCUAUGGAAUUGCGCACUCCAGCCAAUUGGCUAGUGGAAUGUGUCAAGUCUGUAUACGAUCUGGAUAAUAUACGUCUGGCAGACGUUGAAACUGUCGUGCAUAGUGAGUUCGAGCUCGAAUACUUGCUAUUAGAAGGGCACGCGUGGGAUACCAAUUUGGGUACGCCCCCACGGGGACUGCAAUUGGUGUUAGGCACCCGCGAGAAACCUGAAACUAUGGACACAAUUGUCAUGGCCAAUCUUGGCUACUUCCAGCUCAAAGCGAACCCUGGCGCUUGGAUAUUACGCCUGAGACCAGGACGCUCGGAAGAAAUUUACGAGAUUGUCGGACAUGAGAACACAGACACACCCGCUGGCAGUGAAGAUAUUCAUGUACUAAUGAGCUCGUUCCGUAGCCAUGUUAUUAAGUUACGAGUGAGCAAGAAACCGGAUAAACAACACUUAGAAUUACUGGUGGAGAACGACGAAAAGAAUUCCGGUGGAAUUUGGAACUCUAUCGCUAGUUCUUUCGGUGGCGGCGAGGAUCAGGAAGCACAAGACGAGACUAUCAACGUGUUCUCAGUAGCAUCAGGGCACUUGUAUGAGAGAUUUUUACGCAUCAUGAUGCUGUCUGUACUUAAACAUACUAAGUCGCCGGUCAAGUUCUGGUUCCUCAAGAACUAUCUCAGCCCUUCGCUCAAGGAUAUAUUACCGUACAUGGCUCAGGAGUACGGUUUCCAGUACGAGUUGGUUCAGUACCAGUGGCCGCGCUGGUUGCAGCGGCAGCGCGACAGGCAGCGCACCAUUUGGGGGUACAAGAUUCUAUUCCUCGACGUGCUGUUCCCGUUGCACGUCAAAAAGAUUAUAUUCGUUGACGCCGAUCAGAUCGUACGAGCAGAUUUGAAAGAGUUGGUGGAGUUAGAUUUGGGCGGAGCACCGUACGGGUACACGCCUUUCUGUGACAGCAGGACGGAAAUGGAAGGAUUCAGGUUCUGGAAGCAAGGUUACUGGCGUAACCACCUCCAGGGUCGCCGUUAUCACAUCAGCGCCCUAUACGUGGUGGAUCUGAAAAGAUUCCGCCGAAUAGCGGCCGGCGACAGAUUGCGAGGGCAAUACCAAGCACUCAGCCAGGACCCGAACAGUUUAUCCAAUUUAGAUCAAGACUUGCCCAACAACAUGAUCCAUCAAGUAGCAAUUAAGUCUCUACCACAGGAGUGGUUAUGGUGUGAGACAUGGUGCGAUGAAGAUUCCAAGAGAUAUGCAAAAACCAUUGAUUUGUGCAACAAUCCUAUGACAAAAGAGGCUAAGUUAUCGGCGGCGAUGCGUAUAGUGCCCGAGUGGCGCGAGUACGACGAAGAGGUGAAGGCGUUGCAGGCGCGUGUUAGAAGAGGACUGUACCAGGCCGCUGACCACGAACAGGAGGUGGAUACAGGGCACGAUGAAGUUACUGCAGCUAGUGAAAGUGCGGGUAAAGCACACCAAGACCACACCGAAUUAUGAUGAACUAAAGUGAUAUAUAUAAUCAAUACUGUAGGCAGUGACGUUUAUUCCAAUUUUGUUAGUUUAAUGAUUCCUAAUUUGUGGCUAGAUGCUCAAUAGUGACGGUUCGAGAGCGUUGUUCUAAUAUAAGGUAUCGAGUGAUAAUUAUAUCGCAUUUUUUUAAAGACUUGAGUCGUCUUAAAUCUACUAACGCGGGAAUUCGCUUCAUAGUUAUUGUAAAAUAUUGCCAUUUCUUCUUUGAGACAGAUUUAUUCCAUUUUUAAGUUCAUCUAAUAUUAUAAGUUUAUUAUCUAUAUAUUGUAUUGUACAUUCUAUUUGUACAAUAAUACGGUUCAGUAUCGAUAAACAAAUCAAUUAUCUUGCACGUUCCCUCACUGCGACUCGAUAGUCGUCACGAGUGCGUUGUGUAUUUUUUAUUCACAAUGCGAUCUCCUCUCCGUUAAUAAUACACUCUAUUUCCACAGUUAUAUAGUUCAAUAUUGUAAAAACAAAUAAAUCAAUAUAUAGCAAAUCCCUCUUUCAUUAGCUAUUAUGGAAUUCAGAACUCAAUUUCAAUGGCAACAAAAUAGUGUUUGUCUUAAUAUCUAAGAAUAAUCUACACCAUAGUUAUUAUAUAAAUGAAUUAAGCGCCUAUAUAUACUAAUAGAGUUUGAAUUUUAAUUACAAUUUCAACAAAAAAAAAAAACGGUUUCCAGCUCUUUUCACACCAUUUUGAUUCUCCGUAAUGAUUUAACACAGCAGCACUUGGGUUAUCACAAAAUAUCGGAUUUAAAUUAUCUGCCUAUGACCAUAAUAUUAUGGCAUUAAGAUAAAAAAAUGAAUUGAAAAAAACUGGCAGUUUUGUUUAACUUAAUGUGCUGUUGACUGUACAUUUGGUGCUUUGUGACAUUAUUAUAAAAAAUGAUUUUUAAAUAAUUGUUACAUUUUUUUGCAUUGUCACUUCGCUAAAGACUGUUUAUUGGUACUUAUUAAUAAAAGAUGUAGGUUGUCAUUGAAUAUUCCAGCCCUUUUGGAUUAUAGAUCAUUUGUAAGAUCAAUUCACAAAGUAGUUAUAUAUCAAACAAGCUGUAUAUUGUAUAGAUUUCAAGUGCACAUUCAUAUGUCAGUAGUUUUGAGUAAAAAAAUAUUUCAUAAUAUAUUUGUGAAAGGGAAUUGUGAUUUUUUUAGCUUAUAAGUGAAAUUUUACCUACCGAUGUAUUUUCUUUCGAUAAGUGGUGUAGUACUAGUGAUGUUUUAUUUUUUUACUUCAAUAUUUCACUCGCUUAUUUUCAAAACUUUGUAUAAUUCAUAGUAAAAUAUGUAUAAACAACCGAUUGACAUAAAGUGGAAACCCAAAAUAACAGUUUAAUAUAUGUAUUCUCAAAAUAGUACCACUGUACCAAAAAUGAAAUUAUAAUUCAGUUAUGUCAAAUUGAUUUUCAUGUAAAUAAACAAAUUAAGUAUAUAUCUAUCUUGUAUUUUUAUUGCCGCUAAUAACAGGAUGAUUUAAAAAACAAACUACGUCUACUAAGUACGAAUUUUAUUUACAAAGAAAUACAAUAUUAGAAAUAUAGACAUGUAUAAUAAUUUAAUAGAAUUAAAUAAAAUCUCGUGCUAAUAAAUUUAUAACUUAAUAUUAUUACGUAAAAUUGUUAUUUUCAAUUCGUUAUAAUGACAUACGGAUAUUAAAAUUUUCUUUUUAUUUUCUACCGUACAAGAUUUUUGAGAAAAUGUUCGAAUAGAGUUAAAUAAACAACUGUAUCUUAAUUAUUUAGGCUAAGUUCGUAUGACCGCGUGGUAUAUCUCAGCAUAUAUUGUUUAUAUUUAACGCGUGGUAGUUAGAUUAUUAUUAUUUAUUUUAAAUUAAUAAUGAACUAAAUCAAAUACUUUUUGUCAUCUUAUUUCUAUGUGCAUUUUUUUCUUAAUAUAAUUAAUUAAAACGCGUAAUUCCCAAUAUUGUAUGACUAAUAUAAAAACAAGAGAAUGUGGAUUAUGUUUUAAAAUCAAAUAAAAUACCCCGUGCGCCCAGGACUGUUGUAUUUUGUGCCACGCGGUAAAAGCUUUGACGUGUUACCGCGCAGUCAUAUUUUAGCCCAAUUUAGUUAUAAAUUUGACAUUGUCAUAAAUAUAUCAUGAACAGCUUAUAUAGUUCCAAUAUUGUGUUUAAAUAAAGAGGUUUAUUAAUUCUGCAAUCUACGGAGUUAUAACAAUUUCGCUUAUCGGAAACUUUGACAAUUAUUUAUAUACAUUAUAACCUACAAGGGACGUUAGGUAUAAAUUACGAAAUAACUACAUCUACUUAUGUAAUGAAAGCAAAUAUUUAUAGCGUCAAAUGUACUACAAUAACAAUAUCUUUCAAACAUUAUUGUCAUAAUAAUAGAUUUUAAAAUGGAGGAAUGUAGCAUUAAAGAAAGUAAUUUCCUUCUAAGUACUGUCAUGCGAUUGUAAUGCGAUGCAAUUGUAAUUGUCAUCAAUUUCUACGUAUAUCUAAACUAGUGCCUUAAUUAUUUAUAAUAAAGAUACCUACAUAUAAUCAGAUUUGUACAAGUAAAAUAUUAAAAAAACAUCAUUCAAUAAAUAAAGGAAUGACUAGUUGCGUCGCUAUAAAAAUAAUGAUUUGGUGUAAUCAUUCUUUGGCAUUCUAAUCUGAAUACAAAAUAGUCUUGAAAGCACUUAUGCGGUGGGGUGGUUUAUUGGCACUAACCAAACAGGACUUAAUCCAUCACCAAACAAUUAAAUAUUAUUCAUUACAUAAAAUCAUUUUACACAUGUUUUCAGAUUGUGUUCUGUAAUAAACUAGAACAGCCCUGCGAUUCUGAAAAAAUCCAAACCUCGAAUCGAAUUCACUCUAUGUCCGAAUUCACGCCAUUUAGUGUAGAAAUUCUAUUGAUUCCAUUUUUUGUACAAAAAUAUAAAACAUAAUUAAUUGAAUAUACGUGUCUCAGAUAUUCUAUUCCUAUGUCAUUUCGAAACUCACUUCACUUAUGCCACGAAACGUUAUUACCAAUUCAAGAUUAAGCGGAUGCCGCUUUUUGAAGUGAAUUCGGACACCUGAGUGAUUUCGAAUUCGGGUUUGGAUUUUACAGAAUAGGAGGGCAGCUUUAAAACAUUCAGUUCGAUUCGCUGGACUAUUUUUGAGUAUUAAGAUGCAUGCUUAUUAUUA